GUUUAUUUAGAAAGCAGUCAGCUACAAUACGUUUCAGACGCAUUUCUCAAAUCGUAAAUUCAGCAUAAAAUUCAAUUUUGUUUCUUUCUUUUUUUUUGUGAAUAAAAAAAAAACAUUUAAAAAAUCUGAAGGCUCCCGUGUCUGUUCCUGCCAGCCGUUUGUCAGCUUGUGGACAUUUUGAUUUCAAGCAUUCAACUAAUUUUGCGUUUAUAAAUUUUGGUUUACUUGAAUUCGGUUCGACAGAUUAAAAAUGACAUCGAUUGAAUCAAAACGUGUGCAAUAUCGCAAGUACCUGGAGCGUGCCGGUGUCAUUGAUGCACUCAGCAAGGCGCUCAUCAAGCUAUACGAGGAGCAGAACAAGCCCGAAGAUGCCAUUCGGUUUGUGCGCAAAUUCAUGUGCGAAAGCUGCCCGGACGAUGCUCAAUAUGAUCUGAUGAAGAAUGAUCUGGAGGAGGCCAAGACAACCAUAGUUCGAUUGGAACAGGAAUUGGAGCGCUUGCGUGGACAAAUCAAGAAAUCACCGGAGGAAUACCAGGAGCUCACCAUGGCUGGCUACAAAUCACUCAUGGACGACGAGGAGAAUGUCGGUUCUCUGUUGCGUAAAUAUCUAACACCCGAGCUGCUCGAGGAGUAUAUGCUGGUGACCACUGCAUCGCCAGUGGAUGCCUAUCUGUAUGAUUGUGCCGUAUCUGGUUUCGAGCACCAUGACUCGCAUGUGGGCAUCUAUGCGGCAGAUCCAGAGUCGUACGAUGUGUUCGGCAAGCUAUUCGAUCCGAUCAUCAAGGAGUACCAUGGCCAGGAGGAGAACGACAGCGAUGUGCUGCAAAAGGACAUCGAUUGGGGCAAUGUCGACGAGAUCGAGAAUCUGGAUGCGGAACGCAAAUAUAUAUUGUCGGCACGUAUACGGAUUGCACGCAACAUCGAAGGAUUGCCCUUCUUUCCCAAGCUGACGGAGAAGCAGCUCAUCGAGGUGGAGGAGAAGGUGCGCGCCGCAACGGAAACAAUGGAUGGGGAGCUCAUUGGCACCUAUCUAACCCUGGCCGAAAUCGAUACCGAAACCCAACAGGAGAUGGUCAAGCGACAUAUACUGUUCCAGCGUGGGGAUCCAUAUCUGCAGACAGCUGGUUGCUAUCGCUUUUGGCCCACCGGACGCGGUGUCUACCAUAAUCCCGCAGAGACAUUUUUGAUUUGGGUUAACGAAGAGGACCAUUUGCGGAUCAUAUCGAUGGCACAGUGCGGCGAUUUGGGUGAUGUCUAUCAGCGUCUCGUCACCGGCAUUCAGGAGCUCGAGAAGAAUCUAACGUUUGCGCGCCAUGCCAGCUAUGGCAAUCUGAGCGCCUGUCCCACCAAUCUGGGCACCACACUGCGCGCCUCGGUCCACAUCCGUCUGCCCCUGCUCAGCAAGAGCGAGGACCGACUGAAGACAAUGGCCGAUGAGCUGUCCCUGCAGAUACGCGGCACUGGCGGCGAGCACACCGUCAUCGAGGAUGGCAUCAUGGAUAUAUCGAACAGGCGCCGCUUAGGCUUCACCGAAUUCGAGCUGGUCAAAUCGCUGCAGGAUGGCAUUGUAGCGCUUAUCAAUGCCGAGGAGGAACUAGAGAUAGCUGGACAGGAGGGCUAAAGACAAAAUAUCAAAAACCUAUAUAGACCAAAUCCGGGGCAUAAAUGUAUGUGCAUGAUGUACACAAGUGAAUUUCCAAGUCAUGUCCAACCCCCCAAAAACGGAUUAAUGUUAAAUAAAAAUUAAAUAAAAUCUGGGCUUAAUA